AUAGUGGUGUAAAUGCUCUGUCUGGUUGUAAUGAAGUCUCGCUCUUCGCCGCUGGAUGGCACAUGCACACUCCUCCUCCUCACUUCAUUGCGCAGUUUGGAUCAUUAUCCGCCACUCUUCAUUUCCCACGCUACAAUUUGCGGAUUUUUGCGCGUUUCGACGGAAAUCGCUACAAGAGUUUGUUCAAGGAAGAGUUCACGUGAAUGUCCCCUGAGUGUGAGGCUUCUCCAAAGGACAUGAGGGUUAGAUCCCUCCAAAAGCUGGACAUCUAUGGUUCCUCUCUCCUCUCAUCCCAAGGCAGAGGGACUCAUUCCUGUUUCUGAUCCCCAGUCUUUCCCUAAUUCAUGAGCCAGCAGGAUGCAUCAUCUGUGCGAGCCCUCUCUGAGCGUCUCCUCAUAGCCUCGCACAAGGGCCAAGCUGAUCAUGUGGUUCAGCUCAUUAACAAAGGGGCCAAGGUAGCCAUUACCAAGAAUGGCAGGACACCUCUGCACUUGGCUGCCUAUAAGGGGCACAUUGCUGUAGUGAGGAUUCUUCUUGCAGCUGGUUGUGACCUGGAUAUUCAGGAUGAUGGUGACCAGACGGCCUUACACAGAGCAGCUGUGGUGGGAAACGCUGAUGUCAUCUCAGCUCUCAUUCAGGAAGGAUGUGCACUAGAUAGACAAGACAAGGACGGGAACACGGCGUUACACGAGGCUGCGUGGCAUGGCUUCAGUCAGUCUGUCAAACUGCUGGUGAAGGCUGGCGCCAACGUUCACGCCAAGAACAAGGCAGGAAACACGGCUCUUCAUCUGGCGUGUCAGAACGGUCACGCUCAAAGCUCGAAAGUCCUGCUGCUGGCCGGCUCUCGUCCCGACAGCAAGAACAGUGUAGGUGACACGUGUCUGCAUGUGUCUGCCCGAUAUAACCACGUGAGUGUGAUCCGAGCGCUCCUGGGUGCCAUCUGCUCAGUGACUGAAAGAAAUCAUGCAGGAGACACGGCUUUACAUAUCGCAGCUGCUCUGAAUCACAGGAAGACUGUACGCAUGUUACUGGAGGCUGGGGCCGACAGCCGCUUCAAGAACAAUGCGGGAGAGACGGCCCUCGAUCAGGCUCGUGAGAACGAUAAUCCUGAAGUGGCGCUGCUGCUCACCAAAGCUCCACAGAGCUUCACUCGAGGACGCACUGUGAGGAAGAGGAGGGACAAGAUGAAGACCGAGGGCCGAGCGCAGUCAGUCCCACGUGAUGAGAUGCUGCCGAGGAAGGACAGUGCAUCUCCAGCAAAUGACACUCAUGGCAGUGAAAACUCUCUCCGCCGGAACGACAAUGUGUGCGUCACAGAGGCACGAGCAAACAAAAACAGUGAGAAGAAAGUCAAAGAGAGGAUUUCGCCAUCAGAUGCCCUCAUUCGAAGACAGAAUAAACACAGUGAUCAUAAGAAGAAGAGUAAAACGGAGAGAGUAUCAGCGGUUCCUCCUCAUAACUACAAGGCGUACCAGCUCUAUACUCUCUACAGAGACAAAGAUGGCAAGAUCAUGCAGGCCCCACUGAAUGGCUGCAGGUGUGAACCUCUCAUUAACAAACUGGAGAAUCAGCUCAUGGCCACAAAAGAGGAAAUGCAGUCAGAGAUUCACACUGUACAGGAGCUCAUGAACAGCAAGAUGGGCCAAAUGGAGCGCAAGAACAAACAUCAGAUCAGAGCUCUAGAUAAGAUCACUUUAGAGAGAGUGUCUGCUGAGAGGAUUGAAUGUUUACAUCGCAUUGACAAGCGAGCCGUACAAGAACGCUUGGAAGGAGAGAAAAGACAGGCGUCAGUGGUCAGCGAUCUCAAGAACUGGUGCAUUUCUAAGAUCCAAAGUUUGGAGUCGCGUCUCUCUGGCGAUCGCAGCGACACUAAGUUACGGCGCUCCUCGUCCCUCACCGACACGCUUUCGGAUUGUGAUCCCCGUUCCCACACAGCUGUACCAGAUCCGUCUGGUGCCAAAGCCUGCUGCUCUCCAUCAACAAACCAACCAGAGCCCAAAGAUGGACGCGAGGCUGCAGCAGCGAGCACGAGUCCUGAGGAUGGAUCAGCCGGUUACUAUGUGAUUGAGGUGGACCGCGUCUCACCGGAUAAGCAGUCACCACAGAAUCUAUCUGCACCCCAGUCUCCUUGUAUAGUCCGAACUAAGCAACGAUCCCGGGCCUGUAGUGACCCUCACAGAGUGCCAGAUGAGCCUCAGGAUCUGAGUCUGGAGCUGAGACCCGUCUCCGAUCAGUGCUGCGAGCACAGGAACCUCAAAAGACGCACCCAACAAAGAGCAAAGACCAAACACAACGCUCAGACCAUGACAAGUUUAGGAGACCCGCACACCGCCGAGGCUUCCUUCGCCCAGGAGCGGGAAAACAUGCACGCGCUGGAGGUUACGCAGUACUUUUUUGAGGCAGUGACCGUGCAGAUGGAGCGCUGGUAUGAAAGGAAGAUUGAAGAAGCACGCUGGCAGGCCAACCAGAGAGCCCAGGCUGACAGAGCCGCCCUGCUGGACAGAAUAAGCUACCUUGAGGAUGAGCUCCGACUGCUGAGAACUAACAAACAGGAGGAGAGCUAGUACAGAGAAGACCAGACACUGGUGUAGCAGACACUGGAACCUCCAGAUGGAUGAGUGAAGCUCCAUAGAGCAGCUAACACAUGAAGAUGAGUAGCAUCUAAACAGAAACAUACUCUUUGCAAGUUUGAUUUCAUUUGCCGUAACACAAUUCAUAAUGGAGGGCAAACGCAUUCUUAACACUAUAGAGGGCAUUAGCAUAAACUGUCUGCUGAGGUUUGUUGCUGCCAGAGAAACACAAGAAUGCACUUUAUGUACAGCGGGACUGCAUGCUGUCGGAGCCCCGUUCGAGAAUUUGUGUCUGCAUCUGAAUGCUUGCGUGGGUUAUGUGUCUGGGUUUACAGACGUAACAUCAUGACAAACCCGCACUGCCAAAGAUCUGUUCAAACUCCCGGUUUAAUAAGAGGCACUACAAAGAUAAGUCUGUUUUAUUGUGAAAGCAAAUUCACAUGAUUUAAAUCUGUAUUCAGAAAAAGGCAUGAACACAACUACUACAGUACUAGUGCUCAAAUCUGGUGACAGUGCCUAAAUUAUGCCACUACUUUGGAGGUUUGCCAGAUCAUAUAAAACCAGUGAACACUGACGAAUAAAAGUAACAAACUCCAUCACAGCAAACACUGUGAUAUUAGCAAGUAUUAGGCCUAGUUUAUUUUGUAAUGUCUUUGUAUAUGGACUUUACUGCACGAAAUGAAACGUCUUAACCUGUGAUGUUUAACGUAGUCUGUAGCUGAAGUCCAAGAACUCACAAUGAAAUAAGUGUUUGUAACAGCUUCACGCGUGUGAAUGUUUCAUUUGGUAGAUAAGUAGUCUAAUUUAACAGUUUUUAAUCGUUCAUUUAACAAAAUUCAGAACACAUGGACACGAAAAACUCCGUCCCGUUCUAUGGUAAAUGUUUUGAGGCUGGUAUAGAGGUUAAAAUCAAUGAAAUAUACUGAACUGUAAUGUCGAGGCAGCAAAGAAUGAAAUAAACCUCAUUACACACUUUAUUCUGGUAUGGAAAAACCCCUUUCCACCAUCCAAUCAAACAUUUAAAGAUUCACAAAUGUUGGAUCAUUUGAUCCGUGCUGUGCCCUUGAUAGACAUUUCACCUCACACUGCUCCAUCAAGACUGAUGUAUAAUGUGCAAGUACUGUUGAAAUGAUCAAAAAGUCAAAAUAAUGGUCACUAUGAUUUCAAACUGCUGUUGAUGGUGAACCAUGAAAUCAGAUUGUUUUUGAUGCAUGUCUUGUCAAAUGUAAUAACCAUGUAUUGUUUUUUAUAUACAUGUACGACUACUAGAAUGAUUGUUUACAGCUGCUUCAGAUGGAACAUUAUUGUUUUCUGUCAUGCGGCUGUGUGAUCUGUCACAAAUUAAUGUCUAAUAAACUACAUCUCUGUAAAUUUGA